CUCCAGGAAGGGGAGGAGGCGAGGGGAGCCCGCCGCGGAGGCCGAGCGACCCCCCGCCCAGCCCGGCGAGCGGGGACCCCGGCCCAUGAGGCGGACGCCCCCCGGGAGGACGCGGGUGCAGAGCCGCGCGCGAAGGUCUUGAGUCAGAGCACCAGCCUUGGGGACCCUGGACCACUAUCAUGGAGACUGAGAGUGAGCAGAACUCCAAUUCCACCAAUGGGAGUUCCAGCUCAGGGGGCAGCUCUCGGCCCCAGAUAGCUCAAAUGUCACUGUAUGAACGACAAGCAGUGCAGGCUCUGCAGGCACUGCAGCGGCAGCCCAAUGCAGCUCAGUAUUUCCACCAGUUCAUGCUCCAGCAGCAGCUCAGUAAUGCCCAGCUGCAUAGCCUGGCUGCCGUCCAGCAGGUGAGAGGUCAGCAGCCAGCUGGCCCGAGAGGGAGGGGACAGGCACUACAGGCCACAAUUGCUGCCAGUCGGCAGGCCAGCUCUCCAAACACCAGCACUACACAGCAGCAGACUACCACCACCCAGGCCUCAAUCAAUCUGGCCACCACGUCGGCUGCCCAGCUCAUCAGCCGAUCCCAGAGUGUGAGCUCUCCCAGUGCUACCACCUUGACGCAAUCUGUGCUACUGGGCAACACCACCUCUCCACCCCUCAACCAGUCUCAGGCCCAGAUGUAUCUACGGCCACAGCUGGGAAACCUGUUGCAGGUAAACCGGACCCUGGGCCGGAAUGUGCCUCUCGCCUCCCAACUCAUUCUGAUGCCUAACGGGGCGGUGGCUGCAGUGCAGCAGGAGGUGCCAUCUGCUCAGUCUCCUGGAGUUCAUGCAGACACAGAUCAGGUGCAGAACUUGGCAAUGAGGAACCAACAGGCCCCAGCCCAAGGACCCCAAAUGCAAGGCUCCACUCAGAAGGCCAUUCCUCCUGGAGCCUCCCCUGUCUCUAGCCUCUCCCAGGCCUCUAGCCAGGCCCUAGCUAUGGCACAGGCUUCCUCUGGGGCCUCAGGCCAGUCCCUCAACCUUAGUCAAGCUGGUGGAGGUAGUGGGAAUAGCAUCCCUGGGUCCAUGGGUCCAGGUGGAGGUGGCCAGGCACCUGGAGGUUUGGGUCAAUUGCCUUCCUCAGGAAUGGGUGGUGGGAGCUGUCCCAGAAAGGGCACAGGUGUGGUGCAGCCCUUGCCUACAGCCCAGACAGUGACUGUGAGCCAGGGCAGCCAGACAGAGGCAGAAAGUGCAGCAGCCAAAAAGGCAGAAGCAGAUGGGAGUGGACAGCAGAAUGUGGGCAUGAACUUGACACGGACAGCUACACCCGCCCCCAGUCAGACACUUAUUAGCUCAGCCACCUACACACAGAUCCAGCCCCAUUCACUGAUUCAGCAACAGCAGCAGAUCCAUCUCCAGCAGAAGCAGGUGGUGAUCCAGCAGCAGAUUGCCAUCCACCACCAGCAACAGUUCCAGCACCGUCAGUCCCAGCUGCUUCACACAGCCACACACCUCCAGCUGGCCCAGCAGCAGCAGCAGCAGCAGCAGCAGCAGCAGCAGCAGCAACAGCAGCAACAGCAGCAAGCCACAACCCUCACUGCCCCUCAGCCACCGCAGGUCCCACCUACUCAGCAGGUCCCACCUUCCCAGUCCCAGCAGCAAGCCCAAACCCUGGUUGUUCAACCCAUGCUUCAGUCUUCACCUCUGUCCCUUCCACCUGACCCAACCCCCAAGCCACCCAUCCCCAUCCAAUCCAAACCACCUGUAACGCCUAUCAAGCCUCCUCAGUUAGGGGCUGCUAAGAUGUCUGCUACCCAGCAACCACCACCCCAUAUCCCUGUGCAAGUUGUGGGCACCCGGCAGCCAGGUACAGCCCAGGCACAGGCUUUGGGGUUGGCACAGCUGGCAGCUGCUGUACCUACUUCCCGGGGGAUGCCAGGUACAGUGCAGCCUGGUCAGACCCAUUUGGCCUCCUCACCACCUUCAUCCCAGGCUCCUGGUGCACUACAGGAGUGCCCUCCUACACUGGCCCCUGGGAUGACCCUUGCUCCUGUGCAGGGGACAGCACAUGUGGUCAAGGGUGGGGCUACCACCUCCUCACCUGUUGUAGCCCAGGUCCCUGCUGCCUUCUACAUGCAGUCUGUGCACCUGCCGGGUAAACCCCAGACAUUGGCUGUCAAACGCAAGGCUGAGUCUGAGGAGGAGAGAGAUGAUGUCUCCACAUUGGGGUCAAUGCUUCCUGCCAAGGCCUCUCCAGUAGCAGAGAGCCCAAAGGUCAUGGAGGAGAAGAGCAGUCUUGGAGAGAAAGCUGAACCAGUGGUCAGUGUGAAUGCUAAUACCCCAAGCAGUGAAUUAGUAGCCUUGACCCCUGCCCCAUCAGCACCACCUCCUACGUUAGCCAUGGUGUCCAGACAAAUGGGUGAUUCAAAACCCCCACAAGCCAUUGUGAAGCCCCAGAUUCUCACCCACAUCAUUGAAGGCUUUGUUAUCCAGGAAGGAGCAGAACCUUUCCCGGUGGGUUGUUCUCAGUUGCUGAAGGAGUCUGAGAAGCCACUACAGACUGGCCUCCCAACAGUGCUGAAUGAGAAUCAGUCAGGUGGCCCUUUGGGAGGGGACAGCCCAUCUGCUGAGUUGGAUAAGAAGGCAAAUCUCCUGAAGUGCGAGUACUGUGGGAAGUACGCCCCCGCAGAGCAGUUCCGUGGCUCUAAGAGGUUCUGCUCCAUGACUUGUGCUAAGAGGUACAACGUGAGCUGUAGCCACCAGUUCCGGCUGAAGAGGAAAAAAAUGAAAGAGUUUCAAGAGGCCAACUAUGCUCGAGUUCGCAGGCGUGGGCCCCGUCGCAGCUCCUCUGACAUUGCCCGUGCCAAGAUCCAGGGCAAGCGCCACCGGGGUCAAGAGGACUCUAGCCGGGGUUCAGAUAAUUCCAGUUAUGAUGAAGCACUCUCCCCAACAUCUCCUGGGCCUUUAUCAGUAAGAGCUGGGCAUGGAGAACGUGACCUGGGGAACCCCAAUACAGCUCCACCUACACCAGAAUUACAUGGCAUCAACCCUGUGUUCCUGUCCAGUAAUCCUAACCGAUGGAGCGUAGAGGAGGUGUAUGAGUUUAUUGCUUCUCUCCAAGGCUGCCAAGAGAUUGCAGAGGAGUUCCGCUCCCAGGAGAUUGAUGGACAGGCCCUUUUAUUACUUAAGGAAGAACAUCUUAUGAGUGCCAUGAAUAUCAAGUUGGGCCCUGCCCUCAAGAUCUGCGCCAAGAUAAAUGUCCUCAAGGAGACCUAAGGUGGCCCUCUUGCACAAAUCAGCCUAAGGCAGACACUCCCCACUGCCCAGGUUAUACCCUGGUACCAGCAGAGACUGCAGGGAAGAGCUGUUCCAAUUACGUAACUUUCUGUAGGGGGAAUUACUGAGACAGGGAAGACAAGUGCAAGAAUUGGUUGCUGGUGCUACAUGGUGGCAGCUUUGACAUUUUCUCUGGGUUCUACUUUAUUUUUUUAAGUCUUUACAAUUCUCACCAUUCCCACCUACCCUAAUACAAUCUUUAUAAAAGUGGCAGUCUAGAGAACUAGGACUGCUCAGCCUUAUCCUGGACUGGACCGUCUAGCCAGGGUCUCAGUUCUCCAAGAGGAGGAAUACAUAGUAUGGUAAGGCAAUGAAAUGGGUGGGAUGUAGGUUUGCCUUCCCAGUGGGAGAGGUAGGGUUUUAGCAAAAUCUGAUACUCUCCCUCUUCCCUCUGGAUUGUCCCACUGUAGCUGUGGCUCAGAGUUUUCUUUGUUGUCACUUACUCCCUUAGUAUUGAAUAUUUUCUCCUGCACCCAUGGCAGGGUCACCAGCCACUGUAGAGACUUGGUCUGCAUCUUUCUGACUUGCUGCAGGGACUAAAAGUGUUUGACUGGCACACUUGUGGCUGUUGUCAUUCUUUCUGCAUCCCGCUGCUUCCUUCCAGUUUAUCUGUUAUCUUCUACCCUACCUUUCUUUCCAAUUCCAACUCUGCUCUGUCCUAUAGCUUUAUAAAACAGGAGUGUGUGGGGCUGAGGUCAGGAGUAUUAAGUACCUGCCUUAGCACUAUUCCUUAUACAACAAAAAUAUUAAAUAUUUUUUCUUCCUCAGUAAAAGGAUGAAAAUUG